GACCAUGAUGAUGACACAAUCACAAUUUGAUACCUCAAUAGUAAUAAUAUUUAUUACUAAUAUAGUCACAAAAAUAAAAAGAUCUAUCUACCGAUGGAAAAACUUUGAUAAAUCCCAUGUGCACCACUCAAUACCUCAGUCAACUUGCCUACUAAUAUUCAAUGCAUAAUAUGCAACAUUCAAUCCAAAAACAACAAAAACAAAAUUCAAAGCAUUCAUCAUUGUUUUCAAAGACUAAAUUCAUUGUUCUAAUUUGGUAACAACUCAUCAUAACAACUAACAUUUGUAUUUACAUGUUUAUGUUUAUAAAUACCAAACAUUUAUGUCUCUCACUUCCUCACACACACAAACACUCUCUCUCUUACCCUCUUUCAUAGUUUCUUUAGAUUAGAUUCAAGUUUAGAUCUUUUAGUUUUAUGUGAAAAAAAAACCUUGUAUUGGUAUGUGUGUUUUUUGAUUUGUCUUUGUUUCUUUAUAGUACUUCAAUAAAUUCCAUUGGUUCUCUCAUUCAUAUGCAUUUUUGUUUUGGUUUUUGCAAAACAAUUUAUUGAUAGAAUAAUGGGUUAUUCUAUAUUCUAUGUUGUUUUGUUUUUAUCAAUUGUUUGUGUUGGAAUUUCAUUGGCUUUUAACAUAGAAGAUCAAAAGAGAGACAAGAUUGGUUGGUUACCAGGACAACCAAAUAUGAAUGUUGAAUUUGAACAGUAUUCAGGUUAUGUGACUGUGAAUGAAAAGAGUGAAAGAGCAUUGUUUUAUUGGUUGAUUGAAGCACCACUGAAUCGUGGACCUAAUUCUAGGCCACUAGUUUUAUGGCUUAAUGGUGGUCCUGGUUGUUCUUCCAUUGCUUAUGGUGCUUCUGAAGAAAUUGGUCCUUUUCAUAUUAAGUCUGAUGGCAAAACACUUUUCUUGAAUCCUUAUGCUUGGAAUAAUUUGGCAAAUUUAUUGUUCCUUGAUUCUCCUGCUGGUGUUGGUUUUUCUUAUUGUAAUAAAUCAACAGAUCUGUAUACAUUUGGUGACAAAAAAACAGCUGAGGAUGCAUAUAUUUUUCUAGUUAAUUGGUUUGAAAGAUUUCCUCAGUAUAAGCAUAGAGAAUUCUACAUUGCUGGGGAAAGUUAUGCAGGUCAUUAUGUUCCUCAGUUGGCUCAGCUUGUUUACCGGAGAAAUAAAGGAAUCAAUAAUCCAGAUAUCAAUUUUAAGGGAUUUCUGGUUGGAAAUGGUGUUACUGAUGAUUAUCAUGAUUAUGUUGGGACAUUUGAGUACUGGUGGACACAUGGUUUGAUUUCAGAUUCAACAUAUAGGAAUCUAAGAAUUGCAUGUGACUUUGGAUCAUCUCAGCAUCCAUCAGUGCAAUGUAUGCAGGCUACUAGACUUGCAGUUGCUGAGCAAGGAAACAUUGACCCAUAUAGCAUUUAUACACUGCCUUGUAACAAUACCGGAUCGCUCGGACGCAGCUUGAACGGUCGUUAUCCAUGGAUGUCUAGAGCGUAUGAUCCGUGUACCGAAAGGUAUUCUGAUUUGUAUUACAAUCGUCCGGAAGUUCAAAAGGCACUUCAUGCCAAUGUAACUGGUAUUCCAUAUAUAUGGAAGACAUGCAGUGAUGUUGUUGGGAAUUAUUGGACUGAUUCUCCACUGUCUAUGCUUCCUAUAUAUCGAGAACUUAUUAAUGCCGGUCUAAAGAUAUGGGUAUUCAGUGGAGACACCGAUGCUGUAGUUCCCGUCGCCGCAACUCGAUACUCUAUUGAUGCCUUGAAGCUUCCAACCAUCAUCAACUGGUACCCUUGGUAUGACAGUGGCAAGGUUGGUGGAUGGAGUCAAGUUUAUAAAGGGCUCACAUUGGUUACAGUAAGAGGUGCAGGACACGAGGUUCCUCUUCAUAAGCCUCGCGAAGCAUUUAUUCUUUUUAGAUCAUUCUUGGAGAACAAGUACAUGCCAUCAAGCUAAUGGGAAGCAUUUGUUCUUUUUCACUUCAAGUAUAGAACCAAAAAAGUACCCUACAUUCUUAAGAAUACCUUCAAUAUUCAUAUACAUGGAACAGGCCGAGACAGAAUAAGGAAUGCAUUUCUCAUGAGUUCCAUCUUGCCUCUCUGCCUGGAAAUUUAAUUCGAUAAAUGUACCAAUAGCAGUGGUAGCUCUUCUAUUUUUAUUUGUUAUUGAAAUUGUGAUUAUUUUUAUGAAAAGUGUUAUUCUUUAGUAUAUAAUAUUCAAUAUGCAAGAUUAAUGUGAUAUCUUGUGUAGAAAACUGUUCUCAUAAAUGAAAAGUUCAAACUUUGAAUUUA